CCUUUUCUGGGCCAGUUGGGAGAGCGUCUUGGGCCUGGCCUCCUCUGUGAGGCUGCUGCCCGCCCCGGCCGGCCUGUCCCCUUUCAGUUUCAGCCCUGCGGCACCUGCCCCUCACCACUCAGCAGUGUCUGGCCGGCAGUUGCAGCCCGAGGAGCCAGGGGCAGCCACUGAAGAGGACCGCUCUGUGACCCAAGGACCUGUGGACGAGAUCAUCCGGCCACGGCCACAGGGGUCCUCCCCUGUCUACGAAUGCACAACAGAGGCCGCUGGCUUUGCAGUGCAGGAAGACGCCCCAGGCAGGCGUGGCUCCUCGGGGAGACGGAGAUCCUGGUGGAAGCGGGACUCGGCAGACUCACGGGUCUUCUCCAGGAUGAGUCACCCGGAGGCUGUGCAGGAAGCGGCAGAGGUGACGAUGGAGACUGAGGUGGAGGCAGGAGCCAGUGGCUACAGUGUCACAGGUGGUGGGCGCCAGGGAAUCUUUGUCAAGCAGGUGCUGAAGGACUCCUCGGCGGCCAAGCUCUUCAGCUUGAGAGAAGGGGAUCAGCUGCUCAGUGCCACCAUAUUCUUUGAUGACAUUAAAUAUGAAGAUGCUCUCAAGAUACUUCAGUACUCAGAGCCUUACAAGAUCCAGUUCAAAAUCAGACGGAAACUCCCUGCCACAAAGAGUGAGGAGUCGGCUGUCUGUGCCCCUCCGCGAGGCUCCAAGGGAAGGGAAGAGCACAGAGACGUUGCCGAGGAGUGCACAGAGACCCCUACAAAGACGCCGGAGGCAGAUGGAGACCGGGAGAGGCUCAUCUCCAAGCCCAGGAUGAGCCGUGGCAGGCGGCCCCAGGAGAGGCUCUCCUGGCCCAAAUUCCAAGCCAUAAAGGGCAAGCGGGGGCCUGGCCCCCGGCGUUCACACAGUUCCUCAGAGGCCUGCGAGCCUGGAGACGUGUCCCCAACUAGAACAGACACGGAGGCCCAGCUGCCAGAGGAGUUCCUGGAACAGAAGGCAGGGCCAGGCCGUCAGAGGAGGAGAAAGUUCCUGAACUUCAGACUCAAGUUGGGCUCAGGGCAGGACCCGUCUGCUGCAGGGCAUCAGGGCAAAGGGGCCCAGGGCAGGCCACAUUCUCCUGGGGUGCUGGGGGAGACGGGCCCCUGGGAUAAGGGGCCAGAGGACAUGGGGGCUGCUGCAGGGGGAAAGAGCGAGGGGAGAGCACAGUCACAAGACGCCAUGUCUGAACCUCCUGCGCAGCAGCAAACGGAGCCAGAGCCGGGUCUCCCAACACAAAUCCUCGGCAACAGAACCCCUGGAGAAGGGGGAGGGGUGGCAGCCAGGGGCCAAGGGAAGACACAGCAGGUGAAAGCCCAGCAGAGGGCAGCAGCGCACAGCGACCCCAGGCCUGGGACUGAUGCAGACCCCCAGAUGGGCUGGACAGAGGAACAGGAGGAGGGACAGGGCCUGGAAGUGGGGACAGCAAGACUGUCCCUGCUGGACACUGGCCGGCCAGGCAGCACACAGGCACACCCACCAGGAACACAGGUCCAAGUACGAGAAGUAAAGGCCCCCAAAUCUGGAAUUUCCAAAGAAAAAGUACCAGAGACAGAAAAAGGCAGCAAAGGACUUGAGCUGAGAAAAGACAGGGGCAGGACACAGGUCACAGCAGGGAAGGACAGGCCAGCGGGCACAGGGCCCGCUGCACACGGAUCGGGAAAGGAAGAAGGAACUGAGCAGACCCCAGAAACACUUCAGGAGAGGGCGUGGACACAGGAAGGCAAGGACAGGGAAAGGCGGGAGACAAAGGUGAAGGUGCCCAGGUUCAAAAUGAGCUCUCUGGGAUGGCCACCCACCAGGGAGGCUGCAGCCAGCCAGAGCAGAGCAGGGCGAGAAGAGCAAGAAGACAAGAGACACAAAGGCCAAAGAGAGAACACAGGACCACACAUGCUGACCACGGACACAGAGGAAAUGCUAACACAGGAAGGAGACGCAGAGAGCCUGCUAAUAGGGACACCAGAGAAGGACAAUGCCACCACAGAAAAACAUGUGAAAAGGGGGGACAGAGAACCAGAGGGCAGGGACAGCAAGUUCAAAAUGCCUAAGUUCAAGAUGCCCUCUUUCGGGGUGUCGACCACCAGCAAGGGCUUAGAUGGAUCUGUCGAGGUGACGACACCCAAGGUAGAGAACAAGGAGGCCGUAGCCUCCAUCCAGGGUGAUCUCAAGCACCCUGAUGUCAGUAUCCAGCUGCCCACUGCUGAAAUGGACGCCGGGGCUGUCCAGGUGGGGGUUACACUCUCAGAGGCCACCCUGCCCGAGGGAGAGCCGCCAGAGAUCCGGGCAACGGGACUCAGCACAAAGGGGCACUUUCCCAAGGUGCAGAUGCCCAGCAUCCAGAUGCCCAAAGUGGAACUCAAGGGCCCCCAAGUGGACAUCAUGGGCCCCAAGAUGGAUGGGAAAAGCCCCAAGGUCGAGGUGAGCAUCCCUGAUGUGGACGUGGAGAUACCCUCCUUGCAGGUGGACAUACAGGCUCCAGAUACGAAGCUGGAGGGGGACGUGGCCUUGCCAGACAAGGACGUGUCCACCAGAGACAGCAAGUUCAAAAUGCCCAAGUUCAAGAUGCCCUCUUUUGGCCUGUCCGCCCCCAGUAAGGCCCUGGACGCAUCCCUUGAGGUGAAGGCGCCCAAGAUGGAGGCCGACGUGGCCCUGCCCUCUAUUCAGGGUGACCUCAAGGGUUCUGACCUUAGCAUCCAGCUGCCCUCCACAGACAUGGAUGCCAAGACUGGACAGGUGGGUGUGACCCUCCCAGAGGCCACCCCUCCCGAGGACCACCUGCCAGAGGGCCCUGCAGCACAAACUGGACUGAAGGGCCACCUACCCAAGGUGCAGGUGCCCAGCAUCACGAUGCCCAAGGUGAACCUAAAGGGCCCCCAGGUGCACAUCAAGGGUCCCAAGCUGGGCAUGAAAGGCCCCAAGGGCGAGAUGAGCACCCCUGCUGUGGAGGUGGAGAUGUCCUCCGUGGAAGUGGACAUUCAGGCCCCAGACGCCAAGCUGGAGGGGGACGUGACCCUGGCAGACAAGGACGUGUCCACCAGAGACAGCAAGUUCAAAAUGCCCAAGUUCAAGAUGCCUUCUUUCGGGGUGUCAGCGCCUGGUAAGGCCCUGGACCCGUCCGUUGAGGUGAUGAUGCCCAAGGUGGAGGCUGAGGAGGCCCUCCCUCCCAUCCAGGGUGACCGCAAGAGCUCUGACCUCAGCAUCCAACUGCCCGUGGCUGACCUGGGCAUCAGGACUGGACAGGCGGAGGUUAAAAUCUCAGAGACCACCCUACCAGAGGGAGAGCUACCAGAAGACCAGACAACGGGACCCAGCAUGAAGGGCCACCAAAAGUUGCAGGUACCCAGCAUCAAGAUGCCCAAAGUAGAACUCAAGGGCCCCCAGGUGGACAUCAAGGACCACAAGGUGGACAUGAAGGGCCCCAAGGGUGAGGUGAGCACCCCCGCCCUGGACAUGGAAAUGCCCUCAGUACAGGUGGACAUGCUGGCCACAGACGCCAAGCUAGAGGGAGAACUUGCCCUGGAGGAAAAGGACGUGGUCACUAAAGACAGCAAGUUCAAGAUGCCCAAGUUCAGGAUGCCCUCCUUUGGUGUGUCAGCCCCAGCCAAGGCCCUGGAUGUGUCCAUUGAGGGUAAGAUGCCCAGGGCUGAAGCUGACCAGGCCCUGCCCUCCAUCCAGGGUGACCUCAAGAGCUCUGACCUCACCAUGCAACUGCCCUCUGCUGACCUGGACGCCAGCACUGUCCAAGUGGGUGUGACACUCCCAGAAGCCACCAUGCCUGAAGGAGAACUUCCAGAUGUCCCUGUGGCAGGAGCCAGAAUGGAGGGUCACCUGCCCAAGUUACAGAUGCCCAGCAUCAAAAUGCCCAGAGUGGACCUCAAGGGCCCCUCGAUGGACAUCAAGGGCCCCAAGGUGGCCGGGAAAGGCCCCAAGGUCGAGGUGAGCAUCCCUGAAGUGGACAAGGAGCUGCCCUCCUUGCAGGUGGACAUACAGGCUCCAGAUACGAAGCUGGAGGGGGACGGGGCCCUGGCAGACAAGGACGUGUCCACCAGAGACAGCAAGUUCAAAAUGCCCAAGUUCAAGAUGCCCUCUUUUGGCCUGUCAGUCCCCGGUAAGGCCCUGGACGCAUCCCUUGAGGUAAAGGCGCCCAAGAUGGAGGCCGACGUGGCCCUGCCCUCUAUUCAGGGUGACCUCAAGGGCUCUGAACUCAGCAUCCAGCUGCCCUCCACAGACAUGGAUGCCAAGACUGGACAGGUGGGUGUGACGCUCCCAGAGGCCACCCUUCCCGAGGACCACCUGCCAGAGGGCCCUGCAGCACAAACUGGACUGAAGGGCCACCUACCCAAGGUGCAGGUGCCCAGCAUCACGAUGCCCAAGGUGGACCUAAAGGGCCCCCAGGUGCACAUCAAGGGUCCCAAGCUGGGCAUGAAAGGCCCCAAGGGCGAGAUGAGCACCCCUGCUGUGGAGGUGGAGAUGCCCUCCGUGCAAGUGGACAUUCAGGCCCCAGACGACAAGCUGGAGGGGGACGUGACCCUGGCAGACAAGGAUGUGUCCACCAGAGAGAGCAAGUUCAAAAUGCCCAAGUUCAAGAUGCCUUCAUUCGGGGUGUCAGCGCCCGAUAAGGCCCUGGACCCAUCCGUUGAGGUGACGGUGCCCAAGGUGGAGGCUGACGUGGCCCUCCUUCCCAUCCAGGGUGACCUCAAGAGCUCUGACCUCACCAUGCAACUGCCCUCUGCUGAACUGCACACCAGUGCUGUCCAGGUGGGUGUGACACUCCCCGAAGCCAUCAUGCCCGAAGGAGAGCUUCCAGAUGUCCCUGUGGCAGGAGCCAAACCGGAGGGUCACCUGCCCAAGGUGCAGAUGCCCAGCAUCAAAAUGCCCAGAGUGGACCUCAAGGGCCCUUCGGUGGACAUCAAGGGCCCCAAGAUGGACGGGAAAGGCCCCAAGGUCGAGGUGAGCAUCCCUGACGUGGACAAGGAGCUGCCAUUCUUGCAGGUGGACAUACAGGCUCCAGAUAUGAAGCUGGAGGGGGACGGGGCCCUGGCAGACAAGGAUGUGUCCACCAGAGACAGCAAGUUCAAAAUGCCCAAGUUCAAGAUGCCCUCUUUUGGCCUGUCAGCCCCCGGUAAGGCCCUGGACACAUCCCUUGAGGUGAAGGCGCCUAAGAUGGAGGCCGACGUGGCCCUGCCCUCUAUUCAGGGUGACCUCAAGGGCUCUGAACUCAGCAUCCAGCUGCCCUCCACAGACAUGGAUGCCAAGACUGGACAGGUGGGUGUGAUGCUCCCAGAGGCCACCCUUCCCGAGGACCACCUGCCAGAGGGCCCUGCAGCACAAACUGGACUGAAAGGCCACCUACCCAAGGUGCAGGUGCCCAGCAUCACGAUGCCCAAGGUGGACCUAAAGGGCCCCCAGGUGCAUAUCAAGGGUCCCAAGCUGGGCAUGAAAGGCCCCAAGGGCGAGUUGAGCACCCCUGCUGUGGAGGUGGAGAUGUCCUCCGUGCAAGUGGACAUUCAGGCCCCAGACACCAAGCUGGAGGGGGACGUGACCCUGGCAGACAAGGACGUAACCACCAGAGACAGCAAGUUCAAAAUGCCCAAGUUCAAGAUGCCAUCCUUUGCCCUGACAACCCCAGGCAAGGGCUUGGACGGGUCAAUUGAGGUGAUGACGCCCAAGAUGGAGGCUGGUGAGGCUGUGCCCUCAAUCCAGGGUGACCUUAAGCACCCUGAUGUCAGUAUCCAACUGCCCUCUGCUGACCUGGACGCCAGCACUGUCCAGGUGGGUGUUAAGCUCUCAGAGGCCACCCUGCCCAAGGGAGAGCCAACAGAGGUCCGGGCAACAGGACUCGGAAGGAAGGGGCACUUUCCCAAGGUGCAGAUGCCCAGCAUCCAGAUGCCCAAAGUGGAACUCAAGGGCCCCCAAGUGGACAUCAUGGGCCCCAAGAUGGAUGGGAAAAGCCCCAAGGUCGAGGUGAGCAUCCCUGAUGUGGACGUGGAGAUACCCUCUGUGCAGGUGGACGUCCAGGCCCCGGACGCCAAGUUGGAGGGGGACGUGGCCUUGCCAGACAAGGACGUGUCCACCAGAGACAGCAAGUUCAAAAUGCCCAAGUUCAAGAUGCCCUCUUUUGGCCUGUCAGCCCCCGGUAAGGCCCUGGAUGCAUCCCUUGAGGUGAAGGCGCCCAAGAUGGAGGCCGACGUGGCCCUGCCCUCUAUUCAGGGUGACCUCAAGGGCUCUGAACUCAGCAUCCAGCUGCCCUCCACAGACAUGGAUGCCAAGACUGGACAGGUGGGUGUGAUGCUCCCAGAGGCCACCCUUCCCGAGGGCCACCUGCCAGAGGGCCCUGCAGCACAAACUGGACUGAAAGGCCACCUACCCAAGGUGCAGGUGCCCAGCAUCACGAUGCCCAAGGUGGACCUAAAGGGCCCCCAGGUGCACAUCAAGGGUCCCAAGCUGGGCAUGAAAGGCCCCAAGGGUGAGAUGAGCACCCCUGCUGUGGAGGUGGAGUUGCCCUCCAUGCAAGUGGACAUUCAGGCCCCAGACGCCAAGCUGGAGGGGGACAUGGCCCUGGCAGACAAGGACGUGGCAACCAGAGACAGCAAGUUCAAAAUGCCCAAGUUCAAGAUGCCAUCCUUUGGCCUGACAGCCCCAGGCAAGGGCUUGGACGGGUCAAUUGAGGUGAUGACGCCCAAGAUGGAGGCUGGUGAGGCUGUGCCCUCCAUCCAGGGUGACCUCAAGCACCCUGAUGUCAGUAUCCAACUGCCCACUGCUGAAAUGGACGCCGGGGCUGUCCAGGUGGGCGUUACGCUCUCAGAGGCCACCCUGCCUGAGGGAGAGCCGCCAGAGGUCCGGGCAACAGGACUCGGCAGGAAGGGGCACUUUCCCAAGGUGCAGAUGCCCAGCAUCCAGAUGCCCAAAGUGGAACUCAAGGGCCCCCAGGUGGACAUCAAGGGCCCCAAGUUGGACGGGAAAAGCCCCAAGGUCGAGGUGAGCAUCCCUGAUGUGGACAUGGGGAUACCCUCCGUGCAGGUGGACGUCCAGGCCCCGGACGCCAAGUUGGAGGGGGACAUGGCCCUGGCAGACAAGGACGUGUCCACCAGAGACAGCAAGUUCAAAAUGCCCAAGUUCAAGGUGCCUUCCUUUGGGGUGUCAGCCCCCGGAAAGGUCCUGGACCCGUCUGUCGAGGUGACGGUGCCCAAGGUGGAGGCUGAGGUGGCCCUCCCUUCCAUCCAGGGUGACCUCAAGAGCUCUGACCUCACCAUGCAACUGCCCUCCGCUGACCUGGACGCCAGCGCUGUCCAGGUUGGUGUGACACUCGCAGAAGCCACCAUGCCUGAAGGAGAACUUCCAGAUGUCCCUGUGGCAGGAGCCAGACUGGAGGGUCACCUGCCAAAGGUGCAGAUGCCCAGCAUCAAAAUGCCCAGAGUGGAUCUCAAGGGCCCCUCGGUGGACAUCAAGGACCCCAAGGUGGCCAGGAAAGGCCCCAAGGUCGAGGUGAGCAUCCCUGACGUGGACAAGGAGCUGCCCUCCUUGCAGGUGGACAUACAGGCUCCAGAUAUGAAGCUGGAGGGGGAUGGGGCCCUGAUAGACAAGGAUGUGUCCACCAGAGACAGCAAGUUCAAAAUGCCCAAGUUCAAGAUGCCCUCUUUAGGCCUGUCAGUCCCCGGUAAGGCCCUGGACGCAUCCCUUGAGGUGAGGGUGCCCAAGAUGGAGGCCGACGUGGCCCUGCCCUCUAUUCAGGGUGACCUCAAGGGCUCUGAACUCAGCAUCCAGCUGCCCUCCACAGACAUGGAUGCCAAGACUGGACAGGUGGGUGUGACGCUCCCAGAGGCCACCCUUCCCGAGGGCCACCUGCCAGAGGGCCCUGCAGCACAAACUGGACUGAAGGGCCACCUACCCAAGGUGCAGGUGCCCAGCAUCACGAUGCCCAAGGUGGACCUAAAGGGCCCCCAGGUGCACAUCAAGGGUCCCAAGCUGGGCAUGAAAGGCCCCAAGGGCGAGUUGAGCACCCCUGCUGUGGAGGUGGAGAUGUCCUCCGUGGAAGUGGACAUUCAGGCCCCAGACGCCAAGCUGGAGGGGGACAUGACCCUGGCAGACAAGGACGUGUCCACCAGAGACAGCAAGUUCAAAAUGCCCAAGUUCAAGAUGCCAUCCUUUGGCCUGACAGCCCCAGGCAAGGGCUUGGACGGGUCAAUUGAGGUGACGACGCCCAAGAUGCAGGCUGAGGUGGCCCUGCCUUCCAUCCAGGGUGACCUCAAGAGCUCUGACCUCACCAUGCAACUGCCCUCCGCUGACCUGGACGCCAGCACUGUCCAGGUGGGUGUGACACUCCCAGAAGCCACCAUGCCUGAAGGAGAACUUCCAGAUGUCCCUGUGGCAGGAGCCAAACCGGAGGGUCACCUGCCCAAGGUGCAGAUGCCCAGCAUCAAAAUGCCCAGAGUGGACCUCAAGGGCCCCUCGGUGGACAUCAAGUGCCCCAAGAUGUACGGGAAAGGCCCCAAGGUCGAGGUGAGCAUCCCUGAUGUGGACAAGGAGCUGCCCUCCUUGCAGGUGGACAUACAGGCUCCAGAUACGAAGCUGGAGGGGGACGGGGCCCUGGCAGACAAGGACGUGUCCACCAGAGACAGCAAGUUCAAAAUGCCCAAGUUCAAGAUGCCCUCUUUUGGCCUGUCCGUCCCCGGUAAGGCCCUGGACGCAUCCCUUGAGGUGAAGGCGCCCAAGAUGGAGGCCGACGUGGCCCUGCCCUCUAUUCAGGGUGACCUCAAGGGUUCUGACCUUAGCAUCCAGCUGCCCUCCACAGACAUGGAUGCCAAGACUGGACAGGUGGGUGUGACGCUCCCAGAGGCCACCCUUCCCGAGGACCACCUGCCAGAGGGCCCUGCAGCACAAACUGGACUGAAAGGCCACCUACCCAAGGUGCAGGUGCCCAGCAUCACGAUGCCCAAGGUGGACCUAAAGGGCCCCCAGGUGCACAUCAAGGGUCCCAAGCUGGGCAUGAAAGGCCCCAAGGGCGAGAUGAGCACCCCUGCUGUGGAGGUGGAGAUGCCCUCCGUGCAAGUGGACAUUCAGGCCCCAGACGCCAAGCUGGAGGGGGACGUGACCCUGGCAGACAAGGACGUGUCCACCAGAGACAGCAAGUUCAAAAUGCCCAAGUUCAAGAUGCCAUCCUUUGGCCUGACAACCCCAGGCAAGGGCUUGGACGGGUCAAUUGAGGUGAUGACGCCCAAGAUGGAGGCUGGUGAGGCUGUGCCCUCCAUCCAGGGUGACCUCAAGCACCCUGAUGUCAGUAUCCAACUGCCCACUGCUGAAAUGGACGCCGGGGCUGUCCAGGUGGGCGUUACGCUCUCAGAGGCCACACUGCCCGAGGGAGAGCCGCCAGAGGUCCGGGCUACAGGAUUCGGCAGGAAGGGGCACUUUCCCAAGGUGCAGAUGCCCAGCAUCCAGAUGCCCAAAGUGGAACUCAAGGGCCCCCAGGUGGACAUCAAGGGCCCCAAGUUGGACGGGAAAAGCCCCAAGGUCGAGGUGAGCAUCCCUGAUGUGGACAUGGGGAUACCCUCCGUGCAGGUGGACGUCCAGGCCCCGGACGCCAAGUUGGAGGGGGACAUGGCCCUGGCAGACAAGGACGUGUCCACUAGAGACAGCAAGUUCAAAAUGCCCAAGUUCAAGGUGCCUUCCUUUGGGGUGUCAGCCCCCGGAAAGGUCCUGGACCCGUCUGUCGAGGUGACGGUGCUCAAGGUGGAGGCUGAGGUGGCCCUCCCUUCCAUCCAGGGUGACCUCAAGAGCUCUGACCUCACCAUGCAACUGCCCUCCGCUGACCUGGACGCCAGCGCUGUCCAGGUUGGUGUGACACUCGCAGAAGCCACCAUGCCUGAAGGAGAACUUCCAGAUGUCCCUGUGGCAGGAGCCAAACCGGAGGGUCACCUGUCCAAGGUGCAGAUGCCCAGCAUCAAAAUGCCCAGAGUGGACCUCAAGGGCCCCUCGGUGGACAUCAAGAGCCCCAAGAUGGACGGGAAAGGCCCCAAGGUCGAGGUGAGCAUCUCUGAUAUGGACAAGGAGCUGCCCUCCUUGCAGGUGGACAUACAGGCUCCAGAUAUGAAGCUGGAGGGGGACAGGGCCCUGGCAGAAAAGGACGUGUCCACCAGAGACAGCAAGUUCAAAAUGCCCAAGUUCAAGAUGCCCUCUUUUGACCUGUCAGUCCCCGGUAAGGCCCUGGACGCAUCCCUUGAGGUGAAGGCGCCCAAGAUGGAGGCCGACGUGGCCCUGCCCUCUAUUCAGGGUGACCUCAAGGGUUCUGACCUCAGCAUCCAGCUGCCCUCCACAGACAUGGAUGCCAAGACUGGACAGGUGGGUGUGACGCUCCCAGAGGCCACCCUUCCCGAGGGCCACCUGCCAGAGGGCCCUGCAGCACAAACUGGACUGAAGGGCCACCUACCUAAGGUGCAGAUGCCCAGCAUCACGAUGCCCAAGGUGGACCUAAAGGGCCCCCAGGUGCACAUCAAGGGUCCCAAUCUGGGCAUGAAAGGCCCCAAGUGUGAGAUGGGCACCCCUGCUGUGGAGGUGGAGAUGCCCUCCGUGCAAGUGGACAUUCAGGCCCCAGACGCCAAGCUGGAGGGGGACAUGGCCCUGGCUGACAAGGAUGUGUCCACCAGAGACAGCAAGUUCAAAAUGCCCAAGUUCAAGGUGCCUUCUUUCGGGGUGUCAGCCCCCGGUAAGGCCCUGGACCCAUCCGUCGAGGUGACGGUGCCCAAGGUGGCGGCUGAGGUUGUCCUCCCUUCCAUCCAGGGUGACCUCAAGAGCUCUGACCUCACCAUGCAACUGCCCUCUGCUGACGUGGACGCCAGCGCUGUCCAGGUGGGUGUGACACUCGCAGAAGCCACCAUGCCCGAAGGAGAACUUCUAGAUGUCCAUGUGGCAGGAGCCAGACUGGAGGGUCACCUGUCCAAGGUGCAGAUGCCCAGCAUCAAAAUGCCCAGAGUGGAUCUCAAGGGCCCCUCAGUGGACAUCAAGGGUCCCAAGGUGGCCAGGAAAGGCCCCAAGGUCGAGGUGAGCAUCCCUGAUGUGGACAAGGAGCUGCCCUCCUUGCAGGUGGACAUACAGGCUCCAGAUAUGAAGCUGGAGGGGGACGGGGCCCUGGCAGACAAGGACGUGUCCACCAGAGACAGCAAGUUCAAAAUGCCCAAGUUCAAGAUGCCCUCUUUUGGCCUGUCAGUCCCCGGUAAGGCCCUGGACGCAUCCCUUGAGGUGAAGGCACCCAAGAUGGAGGCUGGUGAGGCUGUGCCCUCCAUCCAGGGUGAACUCAAGCACCCUGAUGUCAGUAUCCAACUGCCCACUGCUGAAAUGGACACCGGGACUGUCCAGGUGGGCAUUAUGCUCUCAGAGGCCACCCUGCCCGAGGGAGAGCUGCCAGAGGUUCGGGCAACAGGACUCGGAAGGAAGGGGCACUUUCCCAAGGUGCAGAUGCCCAGCAUCCAGAUGCCCAAAGUGGAACUCAAGGGCCCCCAAGUGGACAUCAUGGGCCCCAAGAUGGAUGGGAAAAGCCCCAAGGUCGAGGUGAGCAUCCCUGAUGUGGACGUGGAGAUACCCUCUGUGCAGGUGGACGUCCAGGCCCCGGACGCCAAGUUGGAGGGGGACGUGGCCUUGCCAGACAAGGACGUGUCCACCAGAGACAGCAAGUUCAAAAUGCCCAAGUUCAAGAUGCCCUCUUUUGGCCUGUCAGCCCCCGGUAAGGCCCUGGACGCAUCCCUUGAGGUGAAGGCGCCCAAGAUGGAGGCCGACGUGGCCCUGCCCUCUAUUCAGGGUGACCUCAAGGCCUCUGAACUCAGCAUCCAGCUGCCUGUCACUGAAAUGGAGACCGGUGCUGUCCAGCUGGACGUGGGGAUCCCAGAGGCCACGCUUCCCGAGGGAGAGUCUCUGGAGGCCCCGGCACCGGGCCUUGGACUGAAAGGCCACGUACCCAAGGUGCAUAUGCCCAGUGCCAAGAUGCCCACAGUCGACCUCAAGGGCUCCAAGGUGGACGUGAAAGGCCCAAAGGGCGAGUUGAGCGCCCCCGCCCUGGGCAUGGAGAUGCCAUUCGUGCAUGGCAAAGACACCAAGCUGGAGGGGGACCUGGACCUGACAGACAAGGACGUGUCCACCAGAGACAGCAAGUUCAAAAUGCCCAAGUUCAAGAUGCCUUCUUUCGGGGUGUCAGCGCCUGGUAAGGCCCUGGACCCGUCCAUUGAGGUGAUGAUGCCCAAGGUGGAGGCUGAGGUGGUCCUCCCUCCCAUCCAGGGUGACCGCAAGAGCUCUGACCUCAGCAUCCAACUGCCCGUGGCUGACCUGGGCGUCAGGACUGGACAGGCGGAGGUUAAAAUCUCAGAGACCACCCUACCAGAGGGAGAGCUACCAGAAGACCAGACAGCGGGACCCAGCAUGAAGGGCCACCAAAAGUUGCAGGUACCCAGCAUCAAGAUGCCCAAAGUAGAACUCAAGGGCCCCCAGGUGGACAUCAAGGACCACAAGGUGGAUAUGAAGGGCCCCAAGGGUGAGGUGAGCACCCCCGCCCUGGACGUGGAAAUGCCCUCAGUACAGGUGGACAUGCUGGCCACAGACGCCAAGCUAGAGGGAGAACUUGCCCUGGAGGAAAAGGACGUGGUCACUAAAGACAGCAAGUUCAAGAUGCCCAAGUUCAGGAUGCCCUCCUUUGGUGUGUCAGCCCCAGCCAAGGCCCUGGAUGAGUCCAUUGAGGGUAAGAUGCCUAGGGCUGAAGCUGACCAGGCCCUGCCCUCCAUCCAGGGUGACCUCAAGAGCUCUGACCUCACCAUGCAACUGCCCUCUGCUGACCUGGAUGCCAGCACUGUCCAGGUGGGUGUGACACUCCCAGAAGCCACCAUGCCUGAAGGAGAACUUCCAGAUGUCCCUGUGGCAGGAGCCAGAAUGGAGGGUCACCUGCCCAAGUUACAGAUGCCCAGCAUCAAAAUGCCCAAAGUGGACCUCAAGGGCCCCUCGGUGGACAUCAAGGGCCCCAAGGUGGCCGGAAAAGGCCCCAAGGUCGAGGUGAGCAUCCCUGAAGUGGACAAGGAGCUGCCCUCCUUGCAGGUGGACAUACAGGCUCCAGAUACGAAGCUGGAGGGGGACGUGGCCUUGCCAGACAAGGACGUGUCCACCAGAGACAGCAAGUUCAAAAUGCCCAAGUUCAAGAUGCCCUCUUUUGGCCUGUCCGCCCCCAGUAAGGCCCUGGACGCAUCCCUUGAGGUGAAGGCGCCCAAGAUGGAGGCCGACGUGGCCCUGCCCUCUAUUCAGGGUGACCUCAAGGGCUCUGAACUCAGCAUCCAGCUGCCCUCCACAGACAUGGAUGCCAAGACUGGACAGGUGGGUGUGACGCUCCCAGAGGCCACCCUUCCCGAGGGCCACCUGCCAGAGGGCCCUGCAGCACAAACUGGACUGAAGGGCCACCUACCUAAGGUGCAGGUGCCCAGCAUCACGAUGCCCAAGGUGGACCUAAAGGGCCCCCAGGUGCACAUCAAAGGUCCCAAUCUGGGCAUGAAAUGCCCCAAGGGCGAGAUGAGCACCCCUGCUGUGGAGGUGGAGAUGCCCUCCGUGCAAGUGGACAUUCAGGCCCCAGAUGCCAAGCUGGAGGGGGACGUGACCCUGGCAGACAAGGACGUGGCCACCAGAGACAGCAAGUUCACAACUGUUGAUGUAGAUACGCCUUUUCCAAAAGAAGAACUGGAAUUGAAAUUCCAGAGACCCCAUUUUAAAUUUUCUAAAUUUUCCCUCCCCCAUAACAAGGGUGGUGAGGAUAGUGCUGGCCUGGACGAGGGCUCUGGGGUGUCCCUCCUCAGUGUGUCCCCCAGGCCUUCUUCAGAGUCUCAUUGUGGAGAGUCACAGGAGCCUAGCAUGUCUUGGGCCAUGUCAUCUAUGGGUGUUCCCAGUUUUGCCACAUCUGAUCUUCCUCCUGUUAGAUUUGACGGUACUGCUGACCACACUGGGGAUGCUGUUUUCCCAGGCAGUUCAGAUUCCACACUUAACCACACCCUUGGGCCUUUCUUUUCACCUGGUGCCCGUGCUGAGUGCCCUCAGCCCUCCUCCUGUUCUUUACAGCAUGAUAUUCCCUGUUCUGGCUCUGAGACCUCUGCCGUCCUCCAGGUGGGAACCGUCAUUCCUGUGUUCCCCCCCGAAUACCGGCUAGGCCCUGAGGAUACCCUGCUGCCUGUACUUCAUGCCCGUGUAACUUUUCCUAAAUUCCACAAACCCAAAUUUGGAUUUUCCAGUGCCACUGCAGUUGAUGCGGAGGCAGAUGCACCUGCUGCAGACGGCGGCACAGGCCUGUCUCUUCUCUGUCCUGUUGAGGGGGUGGAUUCCUCAGGUGAGCGAGCCAUGGUGGCCAGUCUCCCUGCCUCUCAGCCCUUGUCCCUAGGUGUCCCUGCAUCCCCAGUGACGGAGGAGCAGCUGGGUCCACCUCUCCUCGGAGCCCCAGCUGAAGAUGCUGACCCCGAUGGGAAGGGCAGUCCCUUUAAGAUGCCUCGACUCAAGCUCCCGGCUUUUAGCUGGUCUCCAAAAAAGGAGGCCAUGGCGACUGGGGACCCUGGGGACCACCCAGAGGACUCCGCACUCAGCCUCGUUCUGGAUCCGGACCAAGUGCAUACCCAGCGUGGGGUCCCGAUUUCCCAAACGGAAGCACAAACAGCUCUGCCUCCAGAGAAGGAAGGAGAGAAGGCGCGGCGCAGGAGGCCCGCCAUCGCCAUGCCCAGACUUUCACUUCCCAAACUGCGGGCUUCCAAGGGCCGGGAGAGCGUGCCACCGGGAGGCGUGGACGCUGCCUUUUCCAGUACCACAGGUGGAUGCGACUCUGAAGCCACAGAGAAGGCCCGCCAUGCUGAUGGUGGCAGGGACACCGGUGUGAAGUUCAGCACCCUGGACGGAGACGGGGGGCCCACCCAGGUGCCACAGUCCCCUGGUCCCAGUUUAGGUCUUGCCAAACCCAAUCUCAGCGCCUCCACAGUCAAGGUGGAGGUGAGUCUGUCUGAGGCUGACCUGGGCCUUCCCACACGUGACCAGGCUGUCAGAGGUGACAGCAGAGAAUGCGGGCUGGGGGACACCUUGGUGAGCCAGUCCCAUGGGGAGAGAACCGCUCCCACACCACCCCAGGACGUGCCCCCCGCGGAAAGCGCAGAGGAGGGCACCGCAGCCGGAGAAAGCCUGGCAGGUGGGCAGAAGCGCUGGCUCAGAGUGGCCAGCUUCCACACGCCUGGCGGCAGGCGCCCUUGCUCCAGGGAGCGAGGGGCGUCCUGGGAGCAGGAUGCAGCCGAGUCGUGCAUGCCGGCUGCCCGGGCGCCAGCAGAGGCGUUUUCCCAACCUGGGUCGGAGGAGACAAGCGUGGCCCCGCAAUCCUCAGAAGCAGAGACAGAAGCGACCGCGCCCGAGAGCGAAUCCCCUGCAGACGUCCCGAGCCGUCAGCUGGGGCGCCCGGGCUUGAGGCUGCACCUCCCUGCUGCCCCGAUGUGUGCGUCGGGCCCCGGGGGCAGGACCCACCCAACUGAAGACUUCCUUCCCCUUCAGAUGCCUAGAGUGAGGCCUUCUGAACGCCAGGCUCCACCAGCAAAAGGGUGCGGGGAGCCUCCUCCCAGGCCAGGAGGAGGAGACCUUGUCAAGGCAGAGGCCAGCACAGAGACGUGGUCCCUCCAGCCUGAGGGUCCUCUGAAGCUGAAGGCUUCCAGCACCGACCUGCCGUCCCAGGUUUCUGUGGUGAGCGUGGACCAGCUCUGGGAAGAUUCCGUGCUAACUGUCACGUUCCCCAAACUAAAGGUGCCCAGGUUCUCCUUCCCUGAGUCCAGCUCUGAGGCGGACGUGUUCUUUCCCAUUGUGAGGGACGUCCCCUGCGUGGAGGCGGGUGCAGAGGCAGCCCGUCUCCAGGAGAGUCCCGGGCUCUGGGGAGCCAGCCUCCUGAGGGCCGCUGGCACUUCGGGGCCUGGGGAGCGGCCUGAGGGCCCCGACCUCUCCUUAGAGGCACCCCCAGUUUCUAAGGUCAGGGUGCACAUCCAGGAGUCUCGGGGUGAGAGUCAAGGGAUCACCAUUUGCAGCGGGGUGACAGGAGAGUGCGCUGGUCUUGGGGCACCCGAGGCCCUUUCCUCCCAGAUUGUGCGGGAAUCUGAGAUCCCUGCAUCCACAGUUGAGAUGCCUUCGUAUGGAUUUUCCUUGCUAAAGGCAAAAAUCCCAGAGCCCCCUGCACAGGCUAGCACGUGCGCCCUGUCUCAAGACUUGGGGGCAUGGGAGCACCCUGGAGGGGCCCCAGGAGGAGACGCUGUCCCUGGAGGUCCCUGGCCUGACCCUGGAGAGCCAUUUGAGGUCAUCUCUACCAGUGCCGGCCUGCCGGGGCCACAAGCAUGCGCGAGAGAGGUCUGCUCUGGCCUGCAGCUUGCAGACGGCGGCUCUGAUGAGGAGCCAGCAGAAAUCCUCGAGUUUCCCUCCGACAGCAGCCUGGAGGCAAGCACCCAGCUGGCAGGUGAGGACAGGGCUCCAAAGGAGAAGCUGGAAGGUAAAAAACCUUCUGGGUUGUUGUGGUCGUGGCUUCCAAACAUCGGGUUCUCUUCCAUGGACGAGUCCAGCGUGGAGGCCGGAGAUGAUGCCGGGAGGUCUGCUCCCAUCCAGACCCAGCCUGGGGCACGGUCAGACCCAGAGCCACCAAAAAAGCAGGAGAGGGCGGGUUGGUUCCGGUUCCCCAGACUAGGCUUCUCCUCUUCCCCUGCCAAGAAGAGCAAGGGCGCAGAGGCCGAGGCGGGCCUGGCAGAGCAGAAGCUGCAGGAAGAAGCCGCCACCUUUUUUGAUGCCAGAGAAAGUUUCUCCCCUGAAGAGGAGGAAGAUGAAGUGGCAGCUGGGGCCGCAGGUGCCAGGCUGGGGUCCAGAGUGAUGGUGGCGUCCUCGGCAAGAACAGCACUGACCCUGCUGGAGCACAGAAGUGCUGGGGAAGAGCCUGUGCCCAGGCCCGUGGCCGAGUGAGGGCAGAGAGGUGCGGCGCCAGCAGAAGGGACGGAGCGGGAGGCAGGGGCCGCGCCUGGCAGCACCGGGCACCCACCCUGACCAUGGACAUGGGAACCAAGCAGAAACGAGCAAGAACGUCGGUGCAACACCACCCACCCUCCUGAAAUGGAGCCAAGAAUGUGCCCAGCUCCCUCCAAGCCCGGGAGCACCCAGGUGCCCAGACUCCCCGCACGCGGGAAUUCGCCAGCACGUGUGGCCGCGGGAUGGCUGCUGGGGGUCUGCUGGUGCGCCACUGCUUCCGAGGCCGGUCCCUCGCGGAGGGUGUGGAGCGGGCCGGCGAGACCUGCCUGCUGCUGUUUCUUGCUCAAGGCGCUCCCUCCUCCAGGUCUGGGAGACGGUUACUGGCUCACACACCAGCUGGCUCCUUGGCGACAGCCUCCCCGUGGCAAGCUUCAGGAUGCUUUGGUGAUGAUGCACACAUGCUGGGCAGAGAGGAGAUGGCCAGCCAAAGUGGUCCCCGUGGGCAGGGUGGGCAGCAGAGGUGGGGACACCUGAGUUGUCCUGAGACAUCCAUGCUGCUGCCUCGCUGUCUGCAGCGGGCAGUCCCGUGGUGUGGCCCCGCACCCCGCGAUGCACCACUGCAGAUGGAACUGGCCCGGCUGCCCCUGGAUUGGCAAUAAAGCAAUGUACCUGU